UGACUCUAGCGAGGCCGGGCGCCACCAACGGGAGCUGAAUUGAGUCAAUUUCAAUCAUGCAGGUUGUAAGAAACACGGCAUCGUGGCUCCUGCGGCCUUGGGCUGGACCUGGGUUGACCAGGCUUGUGGCCACUGCUCCAGCUCAGACUAUCCACACUGGACUCCCAAGGUUAGAAGACGCGGCUGCCAAGAAGGAAGUUGAAAAGGAAGCGGCUCCGAGCCGCUUCAGCAUUUACCCUCCAGUUCCUGGACAUGAAAGCUCUCUGCGGUGGGCAGGCAUGAAAUUUGAGGAGGUCCCAAUUGCACACAUUAAAGCAACCCACAACAACACACAGAUCCAGGUAGUGUCUGCCACUAAUGUGUCCCUGGCCCGUGCCUCCUGUGGUACAGAAGGCUUUCGCAAUGCCAAGAAGGGCACCGGCAUCGCAGCACAGACAGCAGGCAUUGCAGCGGCAGCAAAAGCCACAGGAAAGGGAGUGACUCACAUCCGAGUUGUAGUGAAAGGCAUGGGACCAGGACGCUGGUCUGCCAUCAAAGGACUGACCAUGGGGGGUCUGGAAGUGAUCUCAAUCACAGACAACACCCCUGUCCCACACAACGGCUGCCGGCCCCGGAAGGCUCGAAGGCUGUGAUGGGAAGGAAGCCUGCACUUGAACCUGACCUAAAGUCUGGACUCCAGAUGGAUCCUGCAGAUCGCCCACUGUGGGAGCUGCUCGAGCUGGCAGCUCUCAAGCCCUCUGUAGGGGAACAUUGCUUCUGCUUGCACCUGGAGCUGGAAGUACCCUUGAGGCUGGCCUCUCUUGGACAGGAGGGAGUCGGAACUGCCAGCACAGCUGUGACUCUGCUCUGAAAAUAAAAGACUGUUCUGUGUGGUA